GUUGAGUCCAGCGUGUAGAAAGCCGGGACAUGGCGGUGUCAGUAGGUCCCAAAAGCGGUACCUUGAGUAUUGGUAACCCGGGACUGUGUGGCCAAACGGAAAAUAUGGGUGAAAAGGCACCACCGGCCGUGUAUAAGCGUUAUAUCUGCUCCUUUCCAGAUUGCAGUGCCUCCUACAACAAGAACUGGAAGCUGCAGGCUCAUCUCUGCAAGCAUACCGGGGAGAGACCUUUCCCCUGCACAUUUGAAGGAUGCAGUAAAGGCUUUGUGACUUUGUUUCACCUGACCCGUCAUUCUAUGACCCAUACUGGGGAGAAGCCUUGCAAAUGUAAUGCUCCAGAUUGUGACUUGUCAUUUACCACAAUGACCAACAUGAGGAAACAUUAUCAACGGGCUCAUCUUUCUCCAAGCCUUAUUUAUGAGUGUUACUUUGCAGAUUGUGGGAAAACCUUCAAGAAACACAAUCAACUAAAAAUUCAUCAGUACAUCCAUACCAACCAGCAGCCAUACAAAUGUAAUCAUGAAGGAUGUGACAAAAGCUUUUUCUCACCUUCUAGACUUAAACGCCAUGAAAAAGUUCAUGCAGGAUAUCCAUGCCAAAAGGAUAGCACUUGCUCAUUUGUGGGAAAAACCUGGACAGAGUACAUGAAACAUUUGGCAGCUAACCAUUCAGUUUGCUGUACAGAGCCAGCCAUCUGCGAUGUAUGUAAUCGCAAGUUUAGGAAAAAAACUCACCUGAAGGACCAUAAGAGAACCCAUGAAGAGGAGAGGGCGGUAUACAAAUGCCCCAGGGAUGGAUGUGAUCGAACGUAUACCAAAAAGUUUGGUCUCCAGAGUCAUAUCCUUUCCUUCCAUGAGGAUUCGCGUCCAUUUGCCUGUGGGCAUCCUGGAUGUGGCAAGACCUUUGCAAUGAAGCAAAGUCUUGAUAGACAUGCAAAUACCCAUGACCCAGAGAAGAAAAAGAUGAAGAAGCCACGUCCAAAGAAAAGUCUUGCAUCUCGCCUCUCUGGAUACAACCCAAAGAAAUCGUCUAAAACACCAAAGUCUGUAUCGGGAAAACUGCCUCUCUAUGGUCCUCCAGAUACUGCUACAGCAAUGCAGAAUCUCAGCAUUAAAUAACAUGGUAGCACCUGUUACCAUAAAGCAGUUUAUAUUUUAUGUUAAAAUUUACCUCAAGAGAAGUAAUCCAUUUUUAUGGGAGUUUUUGCUGUGAGGGUUUCUAAUGGUUUCAGUUCCUGAGUCAGGAUAUUUAUUUUCUUUUAUCUGUUUCAUUUAUAUGAAUGUACUGCUCCUACCUGUAAGGUACUAUACAAGUUUAAUGUCUUUGCAAUGAUUAAAGGAGGAAAAGCAGUU